AUGGAGGGCUCCGCGUCGCCGCCGCCGCCCGCCUACUCGGACCUCAAGCUGGCCAAGAGCAGCAGCGGCAGCGCCGAAUUCCAGCCCCACGGAGACGAGGAGACCCCGGGAGUGGAGGAGGGCGACAUCCGCCGCGCGCCCAAGAACUACCUUUGGCUCAGCAUCUUCUCCUGUUUCUGCCCUUCCUACCCCAUCAACAUCGUGGCCUUCGUCUUCUCAGUGAUGGCCUUAAACAGUUACACUCAAGGAGACAUAGACGGGUCAAAAAGACUGGGCCACACUGCGCUUCUGGUGGCCGUCGCGGCUAUUCUGAUAGGCCUUCUAAUGAUCGGGAUCCUUUGUAUAGUGCAUUUCACUACGCACGCCUUCUGAAAUACAAGACUUCGACGCGAAGGGUUUCCAUCUUCAAACCUCUGGGAAAGGCCCAGGGGAUCUCUGGUGAGGAAGAAGAAG